AUGGAUUUGCGAGGCGAGAAAGGGGUCCUUCGCGAGGCCGUCCUUGGCGAAGGGGAGAAGAAGACGGCGACGCAGACUGCUACUCCACUUGUGCUGGUGCGUCGAAUGCGAUCUUCCCUCGCCAUGUCCCGUUUCCUGGGACUCUUUCUUCUCUUCGCGGCGACCUGCCUCGGUCGGGCUCAAGAUCCCUGCAGGUUGGGAAUACCCUCAAGCGUGGACGUGUCGGAAGUGGCGGAUGUCGGGUCUGAGAUCGGCCGAUUCAGUACCACCAAUACAGCGAACGUUAUUCGAGGAGAUAAUUUUACCCAUCUCAUUGGGACUGAAAUCAACGGAGAGGAAUUGGUCGUAUUUGUAGCAGGUGACCUAACAGACACCUACCAAGAAUCAAACGGUGCAGAACAAAUCCUCCGAGUGAACGUCAAGGACGGCGAUGACAUGCCACCGAUCUUCAGCAGCGAAACUUACACUUAUGAAGUCCCGGAAGUGUUCCCCACCGGCUGGGACUUCACAGUAUUCAAUCCCAUCACUAUCUCGGAUGGGGAUUAUGAUGCUCAGUUCCAUACGAAUGACAUUUCCAUCGACGGCGACUUCUCAGGCGUUUUUGAUGUCCAGAAUCGGAGUUGUGCGAAAGAAUGCACUCUGACCAUAACAUUGGUCGAACCGUUGGACUAUGAGACAGAACAAGCAUACGAAUUCACCAUCACCGCCCAGGGGCCGGGAAUUCUGGAUGUGGACAUAAAAGCGACGUCCAAUGACCCAGGAGUUCUGAAUUAUCGCCUUCAAACGACAGAUGAGAUCGCCUUGAGCUUUUUCACCAUCGACUUCAACAGCGGCGCGCUGAGUCUGACCGCGCCCCUCAACGAAUCCAUCACGAGCGACGUCUUCUUCCUCGUCAAGGCCGGGGCGGGGGUGAGAACAGGUACGGCGGCCUUGACCGUGUACCUGCCGAAAGAGGAACUCCCUGAAAAGGAUGUGGAAUUCCAGUUUGAAACCUACUCCUUCACGGUGAAACCACUAUUGAGCGGCAAAACCAUUGCAGAACUCAACAUCACCUGCAGAGCUGACAAGGAUUCCUUUGAGUUUGUCUUGCCGGGGAAUCUGAUAGCGAAGGUUGGUCUGGCUGCCGGGAGGCAAUACGCCAUCACGCUUCGCGCCGAGAGUGCCGAUGACGUUGACAUUGCUCAGGCUAAAGUGAUUGUCUUGGACGACGGCUGCGUCUCCUUCUCCUCCUUCAUCUUUGAGCUGGAAGAGUAUGAGAACGUAGGGGGUUUUUGGGACCAGCUGCUGAAGCCAGUGGGUUUCGAAGCGGACCAGGUGAACUUCGAAAUCAUCGACUCAACUCACGCAGAAGGCACGUUGACUGUCCACCCGAACGGUACGGUUACCAUGCUGCAGCAGCGAUGGGAGCGUAAUGGGAACAAUACCCUCAAGAUCAAGGUGAAAGCGGAACUGAAGAAUUCAACAGUUGGAGGUUGCGGAGUGGAGAGGGCAGCACAGGCAGUGGACCCGUUCAGCAGCGUCCAGCCGGGCGAGGCGGUGGUCGUCGUUCGGAUCCUGGACACUAACGACAACCCUCCUGAAGUUUCUCCCAACGAAGUGUACACUGGCCUACCCCUGCCGGACGUGCCUUGGGGCCCCGAAAGAACACCCAUCGCGGUCAUUCACGCCAGGGAUGACAAGGAUUCAUCUGAGUUCGCGAAUUGGAUGUUCGCGGGACCAGAAUCCGUGCAGAUCGUGGACGCCGGUUCGGGAACUGCACAUGUGUACGCCGUUGUAAAUCCCCUUCCCCAAGAUACAUUCCGGGUUGCAGUGUCAGAUGGAAGUGGUGCCGUGGUCCUCAUCUUCUUCACGGUGAGCGAGGUGAACUGGGGACAUCUUUAG